AUGAUGGCGCACUUCCUUGGAGGCAAUAGCAAGACGGUGCUCGUUGCGACGGUCUCGGCAGGCGUGCCGAAGGCCGGGGAGACGCUUUCCACGCUCAAGCCAAAUACCAAGCGCAAGUACAUUCAUGACAAGCUGGCCGUCCGAUGGGGACGGCACGGAACGGUGGCGAAGGAGAAGAAGCAGGGGGUGGUCACGGCGACGGUGGCCGGAGCCGGCGGCGGUGGCGGUAGGGAUGGCACCGACAGUAGCAGGAACCAGGGUCUGGAAAACCCCGCCGUCGCUGCUGCUGCUGCUGCAAGCGGAGAAACGGCUAGCGGCACGGCCGCGGCUUCGGAGCUGAACGCAGCGGCGGCAGGGUAG